AUGGACUUAACAUUGGCCAAUUCGAAGGCAACAUUUGAUAAUUUAUAUCCAUCAAUUGGAUCACCAUUUUCUAAUACUAAUACACAUGAUAUACUUGUUAUUAUUGGUUUAAUUACAGUAUGUAUAGUUUUAUUUGUAUUAGUAAUACAAUUUUUUUUACAAGUACGUAAAAAAUACCGAACUAUUGAUUCAAAAAUACAAUGUAAAAAAUCUCCUCGGUAUCCCGAAAAUUAUUCAUCGUAUCAAAAACUAUCAGACUGUAAAUGUUUUCAAUAUUCAUGUCUUCCAAAAUUUCAAUGUGUUAAACCAACUUGUCAGGUAUCACAUCAAUCUUCAUAUUACAAACAGAUAAAUGAAAAACAAAUAAAUAACUCUAUAUGUCGAGUGUUUGCUUCUAAUCAUAUUUCUUCAUGUACUCGUAUUCAUACUGUAAAAUAA